AUGUUGAAAUCACCAACCCGUGAGGUCUUCAUCUCUGAACUCAUAGCUAGCCGCAGGGUCUCAACCUUUGUCAACUUGACAUCAGAGGGCUGUGUGGGGAUACGACUCCGCAACUGUAACACGUGAUGUUGCUAGGUUACCGUGAUGAACGCUAGGUUGAGGUGUUCAAUUCUGCUCCUCUCUCGCGUGGUAGCAGCGAUUCUCUUCAUUCCGCUUAACUUUCUCCUCUUUCUGCAAUUUUUCCGACUGCUGUGCUUAGAAGAGGAGGACACCUUGCUUGAGCCAUGGGGAGAAGAAGUCUGGAGUGGAACCUCGGAAGAAGCUUGCAUUGGAAAGGGUAUGCCAAGAAAAGGUGUAACAAAAUGUUCCAUAACCAUGACACAAUCACAAAAUAGAACUAGCUCCUAACU